AUGUCGCCUUUGAGAAAGACGGUUCCUGAAUUUUUGGCACACUUAAAAUCACUGCCAAUUUCAAAAAUUGCAAGCAACGAUGUGUUAACAAUAUGUGUUGGUAACGAGUCAGCAGAUAUGGACUCAAUUGCUAGUGCAAUCACUUAUUCGUACUGCCAAUACAUAUAUAAUGAAGGUACUUACUCGGAGGAGAAAAAGAAAGGAAGCUUUAUUGUCCCAAUUAUCGACAUUCCUAGAGAAGACCUCAGUUUAAGAAGAGACGUAAUGUAUGUCCUAGAAAAACUGAAAAUUAAGGAGGAGGAAUUAUUCUUCAUUGAAGAUUUAAAGAGCUUGAAGCAAAAUGUCUCCCAGGGUACUGAAUUAAACUCUUACUUGGUAGAUAAUAACGAUACACCAAAGAAUUUGAAAAAUUAUAUAGAUAACGUCGUUGGCAUUAUAGACCACCAUUUUGACUUGCAAAAACAUUUGGAUGCUGAACCUCGGAUUGUAAAAGUGUCCGGCAGUUGCUCAUCGCUGGUUUUUAACUACUGGUAUGAAAAAUUGCAAGGUGACCGUGAAGUGGUGAUGAACAUUGCACCACUUUUGAUGGGGGCCAUCUUAAUAGACACUUCAAAUAUGAGGCGCAAAGUCGAGGAAAGUGAUAAAUUAGCUAUCGAGAGAUGCCAAGCUGUUCUUAGUGGUGCGGUUAAUGAAGUGUCUGCGCAAGGUUUAGAGGACAGCAGUGAGUUUUAUAAAGAGAUAAAAUCAAGAAAGAACGAUAUUAAAGGAUUUUCGGUAAGCGAUAUUCUAAAGAAGGACUACAAACAAUUCAAUUUCCAAGGAAAGGGACACAAAGGGUUAGAGAUUGGUCUUUCAUCAAUAGUAAAAAGAAUGUCUUGGCUAUUCAAUGAACACGGUGGUGAAGCAGAUUUCGUCAACCAAUGCAGAAGAUUUCAGGCGGAGAGGGGGCUCGAUGUAUUGGUUCUGUUGACUUCAUGGAGGAAAGCUGGUGAUUCACACAGAGAAUUGGUCAUAUUGGGAGACUCUAACGUGGUACGUGAACUCAUUGAAAGGGUUAGCGACAAGCUCCAACUUCAAUUAUUUGGGGGCAAUCUUGAUGGAGGUGUGGCGAUGUUUAAGCAACUGAACGUCGAGGCCACCAGAAAGCAAGUCGUCCCCUAUUUAGAGGAAGCGUACUCAAACCUGGAAGAGUGA